CCCAACCCAUCAUCAACAACACGCCAGUAGGAGCCCCGGGCCGGCCGUCGACCAUCCUCCAGUCAGGCCCCUUGACCUGCUGUUUUACCCCUGUAACGUACGAUUAUGUUACGUUGUUGGGUAGAUUAGAUACACAGGCUUUAAAUUUGACAAGAUGGCAUGUACUCGAACUGUGUUCUGCGGUAUUGCAGCAUCCAGGGUUGCAUUCACAUUGCUACGAAAUGUUAAUCAAAAAGUGUAUUUACCGGUCUCUACUUGUUACUUGUCGCAUCAUGCCAGAAGAAUUACAACGUCAUCUCUAUUACAGGCAGCCGGAAAUGAGAGUGAUGAUGAAGGAACAAGCAUGACCAUCCAAGGAUACUUUGCUUCCAAAGAUCGCACGAAGGAGUCAUUUCUAAUAGCCUGUGACGUCUUCAAAAGCAGAGGCCCGCACCUACGAGGGCAUGUGGAAUUUAUUUAUGCUGCUAUGAAAUACAUGGAAGAAUAUGGAGUGCAUAAGGAUCUGGAGGUUUAUAAGAAACUUUUAGACUUGAUGCCAAAAGGGAAGAUGAUCCCUAGAAAUUUAUUUCAAGCGGAAUUCAUGCAUUAUCCUAAACAGCAGUUUUGUGCUAUUGACUGUCUGGAACAAAUGGAGAUAAAUGGUGUGAUGCCUGAUACAGAGAUAGAACAUAUUCUCAGGAACACUUUUGGAAAGUAUGGUCAUCCUGUGCGCAAAUAUGCCCGCAUGAUGUACUGGAUGCCCAAGUUUAAGAAUGCAUCUCCCUGGCGUCUUCCUGACAUUGUUCCAAAUGAUGCCUUUGAGCUAGCCAAGAUGGCUGUAGCCCGUAUGUGUUCAGUCGACCCUUCAUCUACAAUAUCAGUUUUUGAGACAAAAGAUGUGGAAGAUGCUCUUGAAGACACAUGGAUUGUCAGUGGGCAAAGUCCAGUACAGCAAGAGCUUGUUGAGAAGCACCUUCUUGAAGAGCCCAUCAAGGUGGAGGGGCCGUUUCGUAUCUACCUACGUGAUAAGUGUGUUGGAUACUUCAUUCUUCGAGCAGAAGCCAAACCACUACCCCCACCAGUAGAAAAAGAAGUUAUUGAUGAUGUUGGUUCUAUCAAACAUUGGUUCACUGGUGAAUUUGAGCCUAAGGACGUAGCCAUGACUAAACCUCCAAGUGUCCAUGAGCAGGAAGAUGGUACUAUUCUAGCUAUUUGUGCCACAGGAACCUCUGGUCGAGAUUCACUCUUGUCUUGGAUACGCUUGCUACAGAGUACCAACCCGAAGCUGGCCAGCAUACCAGUGUUGUUUACACAAGCCAGUCCAAUAGGAGAUGUUAUGACUACAGGCCAGCAAAAUGAAGCAGCCUCGGUGGAAACUGCUUCUUGAAAAUACAGUGAUCAAAUCUACUUCUGCUGUCUACGAAUUUUGGCACAUUUAGCACCUACAACCUUUCCUCAUAGUCUUUAACUGAUUUGAGUAAUUUGCCAAGCCUGGCCAAGGACCAGGCCGCAGGGACUUUGAGCCCUGAAAACAUCACAAGGUAUGUCUCUGCAACUUUUCUAUUUUAUCUGUUUUUGAGAUAUGGACACCAUAUUACUGUGCACAUUCAAGCUUGGGUCAUGAAUGGUAUUUAAAGUAUUUCUGCAUCCAUGUUUUUGCCAAAUGUCAGAGUAUGUCUUUUUAUGUGGUCCUCUGGCAACAGCUUACUAUCCAGGGUUACCCCCACAUCUCUUUCGUUGAAAGAGUUUUGUACGUCUAGCCACAAAAUUUGUAAACUGAAUGUGGUCAGGCCGUACCCUUCCUGCACUCUAAUAUCACACAAAAGAAUAAAAUCACAUCUUUUAUUCUUUACCCCAUCGCUGUAAACAUGCACCCCUUGCUGUAAAUUCCCAUUGGUUCUAAAAAUAAGCACUAGCAGCUACAGUGCCUAAUUACAAAGUUUGUUUCUACAAAUGCAUUUUAAAUACAAAAGGAGAUACACUACCCAACUUCAAUAGAUAUUUACUUGCAUAAUCAUAAAAUUUAUAAUAUUAAUAAUUGUGGUUUCAAGUCAAUUCAAAAGACAUUCUCAAGAUAAGAUGCAAGCCAAAGAAAAAAAUAGAUUACUGGAAAUACAGUACCCAAUUAUCAGGACUUGAACAUUUUCCUCACACUAGGGUUCUUCACACACACACUCAGGCUAGAUUUACCACCUUUUAGUACCUAUUCCCUAGCUUGGCUAUACAGUAUUUCUUGAGCCACAGUUCAACCUCCCCCCAUCACCUUCCCAAGCACAACUAGGUGAGCACAAUAUAAUCCUUCUAUCUUCAUGACCUUUUUGGAAUUUUCUCAUGACUUGUGUUUCAUCAGGCCUAAUCAUCACUGUGGUAUUAAGCAGAUUUAGAUAAGCCUACAAACUACAGGGAUACAUACACUUGUGCAUAAUUCAAGGAAACAAAACUGGAGCAACAAGUGAAAAAUGUCCAUGCAUCAAUAGCCGAGAGCUGACUGGCUUUUGUGAGUGGGUCGGCCAUGUGCCGAAUGCUUUCUCUCAAUUGGUCUGUCCUGUGGGCUCUUUGAAGGCAAGAUGCAUCAGUUAAAAUAGCAUGGUAUAAAUUAAUAUGAAAACAUUUACACCCUACUAUUAUUAAUUCAUAGUAAAAGCAUCAGUAAGGCAGUUCAUGAACUAUAGUUAUGGUGAGUAUUGAAUAAGCAAUAAAGACAAAGUAAAAGUUCUCAAAGUCUGUGAACUAUGAAUUGAAAUAAAGUUAUUCUAUGGUAUUUGAUGGUUAUUAAGAUAUGUAUUACUAUAAACAAUGUACAACCAAACCACAGCCAAUAUGAUUACUCCAUAAACAAUAAU